AUGCUAUUGUUUCUCUAAUUCUAUAUUGUCUCUUCCAUGUAUCCAAUUUCCUAUAUAGAUGAACGACCUUACUUGAAAUUAGACUAUAAUCUAUAGGUUCAACUUAAAUUAGAUGAAGUUUUAUCUGAAUUCUUACAAAGACAUUCAUCAAAUGAUAGAUGUCCAGAUUUCUAAUAAGAGGAAUGCUAUGAAGAAAUCUAUUAAAAUGGAUAAAAAACUAAGAUCAAACUUGAAAAAGAAAUCUUCUAUCUUUAUGAUAUAUAAUCUGAACAACAAAACUCAUAAACAAUUGUUUACUCUGAUUAAUAGUUAGAUCAAAAUGACAAAGAUUUAAUUAGUUUCCUUGCUUUAGCUCCUUUUUAGAAUCAUUAAAAUACCUUUUAUUAGAAUGGAUUUAGUCUUUGUCUAUCAUAAACUGAUGGAUAUCUUUCUACCAAUUUCAAUACUCUAUCAUUGAAUAUUUUACCUGAAAAAACUCAAGGAGUAUAUACUAGAUUAAAAGAAGAAUUAUAUACAACUUAUGGUCUUCAUAUUUAGAAUAUGGAGAUUUCUUUCAAAGUAAAAGAUAUUUCUAGUUAUGCCAUAUAUAUUGUUUCUGAAGAUGUAGUUUCUAUCCCAAAUGAAAUAUUCCCCCAUAAAUAUUUCCUAACUAAAGGUUUCAAACUUGAUACAAGUGGUUUCUAUUAUAGAGAUCAUUAAGAUAAUGAUAAUGUUGAGGAUUUAGAUCCACUAUUAUUUUAUAACUAUGAAAAUCAAGACAAUCCUUUAAUUAUUGAUCCAGUUGACUAUAUUGUUAAUGUAGAUAAUUCAUAAGAUUUAUUAAAAAUCUAUUCAGAUGAAUAAUAUAAUAAUGCUAUCAUAUUAGGAUUACCAUUUUUAAAAAAUAAGUUUUUAAAUGUUCAAACAGAUGAAAAUUAUGUAUUUGUGUCUUAACUUAAUACAAGUCAAUGUAUUGUUGAUUAAGAUCAAUCAAUACAAGUUUGGGAAAUUAUAUUCAUUAUACUUUAAGUGAUUUUAUUACCAAUUUUAGUUUAUUUAACAUUCAAAAAGUUAAGAUAACAUGAAUAGAAGAAACAACAAUAACAAAGUUAAACCUAAUAAUUCAUUACUGAAUUAUAACGAUAAGAUAGUUGA